AACCAGCUUUAAAAGAUAGCCAAACACGAUAGACGGUGGGAACUAUAGAAAGAGACAGAGACAGAGAAAAAGACAGAAAGAGAGAAAGAAACAUUCUGCUACUACUUGAAGUUCCUCAUCGUUUUCCUGUCUUCCUUCCUUUAGUGGCACUUCGAGGAUGAGUCUCAAAUCAAGCGGCAGUGAAAUCGAUGUUAGUCAACGCAAUGCCAACAUACGGAAUCUCUUUACACCAACGCCGGCUGCAAUGGCCAAGCGUAAGGAGGCACGAAAGCGUAGCCAGAGCAGUGUUAGUCUCCAGCGUAACCAUUCGGAAAUGGAAAUGGGCCAAAACUACUUGUACAAUGGCAAUAAUGGUAAUCACUAUGCUGAUGAUAAUGAUGAUCAACAUGGCAUGGGAGUCUUGAACGCCUUGGGCAUAAAUCAAUUGCCAAUGACUGGGAAUCAAUCAGCAAUGAAACAAUACCAUGCCGUUAACGGUUAUGGCCAGAACAAAGCCAGCCACAAGGACGGCCAGAGCAACAGUAACAAAAGCAACAAUGGCUGGCAUCAGAGCGCAUUCGAAUUGGCCAUGAAGCCAGCUUCUGGUUCAGCCUUAGUUCAUGCUCCACCACCAGUGCCUUUGCGUUCUCGUCAGCACAAAAGCUGGAAGUCAACGAGCCAGCUGGAAAAUUUUAUUAACAGCAACGAAGAGAAACAGUCAAAGCAUCUGCAGAUGGAGCUGGAGUUGGAGCAGCAGCAGCAGGACAUGGCUGUUGACUUUGGUAAUGAAAUGACCUGGGGCAAAUCUGUAGAGAAAUCGCAGGCAUUGAAUCACCUGAGAACGUUGUCGCCUUCAUCGUUGUCGUCAGUGCAAGCAAGAUUUUCCCUUGCCGCUAAUGCUUAUGAUAAUAAUGAUUUUAACAUUGAUGAUUAUAUUACGUGUGUGCUUUGCAUUCAACUGGCCAUUGUGUUGCCCCAUCAUAACCCGAUUGGUAAUCCGAAACAUGGACGUAGAGCGCAUUGUGUUAAAUACUCAAACGAUAUUAGUCCAAAAAGCUAUCAGGCAACGGUAGGGCGGUCAGCACCGCUAGCCGAGCGAUUGCAGAGAUUCCGCAACCGCCAGCAACAGCAGCGAGAGCAGAACGAAGAGCAGGAGCAACAGCAGCAAUAUUACGUUAGUGCUGAUAUCGAUAACAUACCGUUCAUUGGCCAAGUUCAGUUAUCAGCUGAACAAAUAGGCAUAGCCAAUUUGCAUAGCCAUAACAAUUUCGGAAAUUCAACGAAUCGUCGGUCAAGUGCGGGCAACGUAUCAAGUUUAGUUGAUGCCAUCGGGCGUUACUCGCCGGAGGCCUUUGAUGAGACAGAGCCAGAGCCCGAACUAGAGCCAGACUUUGAGUUAGAGCAGCAGUUCGAAGAAGAAUUAACGCCACGACGACGACAACGUGUGCUCAUCAAACGGCGCACUGUGCGCACUGCCAAGCAGUCGCCCUUGGCCUCUGCUCGAGCCAACGAGGGAAAGAACGAAAAAACAACAACAACAAAGAGGGAACCAAAAAGUGGCAUUGCAUGGCUCUCUAGACUGCAAAGCGAAAAGAACAAUCAAGUGGUUGGCGCAACAACAACAUCAACAUCAAUACCAACAUCUACAUCUACAGCAACUCAAAGUCAACUAGAAACCAAGAACAACAGCAACAAUCCAAUCAUGGCCGUCCUGCGAACUAUGAAGUUAAAGGAGCGUCUGGCCAUAAGCUUGGGUGCCACUUUAGUCUUACUCACACUUCUGCUCAUUGUCGAUGUGCAAAUGGAUUUUGGUGUGGCCAAUCGUCACCUCUUGCAGCAGCAGCAACAGCAGCAACAACAGCAACAUCAAAAACUCCGUUUUGGCAGCAACGUCAACGAUUACGAUGCAGCCAGCGGCAAAGGAGCAAUGGGUGCUGGUAUAUUGCAUGAGUUCAAACGCAAAUUCUUACAAAAGAGCAAUUCAUCGGGCUCCAAAGAGGCAUCCACUCAAGCCACUGGCAGUCAAAGUGGCGGGGUGGCCGGCACAAGCGGUCAAGAUGGUGGAGGCAGUGCAGCUGGCGGAGGUGCUGGUGCUGGAGCCGGCUCUGGCGGCAUGUCCACACGAAAACCCAUACCACACGAUCGGUAUGUGGAUCUACAGAAGCUUCUGCUUACCGAUGAGUACUCGCAUGUCAUAGCCGACAAUGCGCCGGAUGUGACAAUGGAUAAUCCAACGUUGGGCGAGAUGUUGCACCUGAGAGGGGGAGCAAAUGCCAGCAAUUUGGAGCGCUUCCAAUUGCGCAUCACGAAAAAGGAACUAUAUGGCGAGCACGACACUCUGGUCGAUGCGGUGCUACGUGACAUGAUCAAGCUGCCAAUUCAGCAUGUGGUGCAAAAAGAGGGUGGCACCCAGCUGAAAUUGAUCAUUCAAUAUCCAAAUGAUAUCAAGGCCUUAAUGAAGCCCAUGCGGUUUCCCAGGGACCAGCAAACGUUGCCCAAUCAUUUCUACUUCACGGACUAUGAGCGACACAAUGCCGAGAUUGCUGCCUUUCAUUUGGACAGAAUACUAGGAUUUCGUCGAGCCAUGCCUGUGGCGGGUCGCACACUGAACAUUACGACAGAAAUUUAUCAACUGGCCGAAGAGAAUUUAUUGAAAACCUUCUUUGUUUCGCCAUCGUUGAAUUUAUGCUUCCAUGGCAAGUGCUCGUACUACUGUGACACCUCGCAUGCCAUUUGUGGCAAUCCGGACAUGCUGGAGGGUUCCUUUGCUGCUUUUCUCCCCAACUUUGAGUCCAGCAAUCGCAAGCUUUGGCGGCAUCCUUGGCGACGCUCCUAUCACAAACGCAAGAAGGCUCUUUGGGAGACAGAUGCCAAUUAUUGUGCCUUGGUCCGUGAUACACCACCCUAUGAUGAGGGAAGGCGACUGUUGGACCUAAUGGAUAUGGCAGUCUUCGAUUUUCUAACUGGCAACAUGGAUCGUCAUCAUUACGAGACUUUCAAGGUCUAUGGCAAUGAGACCUUUCCCCUGCACUUGGACCACGGUCGGGGCUUUGGUCGUCCUUUUCACGAUGAACUAUCGAUUUUGGCACCGGUGCUGCAAUGCUGCCUGCUGCGCAAAUCAACACUGAUGAAGCUGCUCGAGUUUCACAAUGGACCGCAGCCUUUGUCGCAAUUGAUGCAGGAGUCACUGAGUAAUGAUCCAGUGAGUCCUGUGCUCUGGCAGCCGCAUCUGGAGGCUCUCGAUAGACGUACUGGCAUUAUUUUACAGAGCAUACGUGACUGCAUCAAACGAAAUCCACCUGGCGAGAUGGACAACUCAGAGACGGAUUUGUCGUCAUAGCGCUAAAUCAAUUCGCAAAAUCAUCCUAGAGCGUAAGCUUAAACCUUAGCUAUUAGUCCUGCGUGUCCUGUGUAUUGUUAGCUCUAUUGUUAAAUCCUGUGUCGGCGAUCUUUGAAAAAGAUCAAGAUCCUAAGUGAAUUAUCCUCUGUAGCUCGGACUGCACAUACCAAAAAACAAACAAAAACUUAAAGCAGCAACAAUAAGGCAAGCAUCAAAUCAAAUUUAAUAAUUUGAUAGUUUUGUUUGGUUUCUUUAUAUACUUUACGAAUAAAUUUGUAUGUAUAUGAGUAGUUACUUAGGAAGUUAGCUCAUAAGAACCAUUUGGAUUGUUUCUGAAAUGAUUGGCAAUGGAAUUUGAGUACCUUUCCAGAUAAACACUCACUCACUCACUCACUCACUCACUCACUCAUUCACUCAAACACCCAUUCAUUUAACUAAACAUUCAUGUUGCUGCUUAUCACAGUGGGUGCCAAAAGUAAACCAACCUGAACAAAACAAAACAAAAGAAAGAAAAAAAACAAAUUUAACAAAUGUUUUGUUCAAUGUUUUUAAGUAAAAAAAACAUCUUUAAAAGACUAAAAAAAAGAAUAUUUAAAUACAACAAUCUAAAACAAUUUUAAAUAGGAGAAAUCGAAACUGCUAAAUAUUUAUUUAGAAUUUUUUGUUGAAAAAAAGGCAAACAAAUUCAAUGAAACAAUUGUUGCAAAGUUUAGUUAAUAGGUUUUACAGUUUAUAUAAAUAUAUAUAUAUUUAUGUAUCUACUAUAUGUAACUACUAUAUAAUACGAUCGAUAUCAGGCGUAGCUUUAUCCGAAUUCAAACCGAAAUUCGUUUUUAUUAGUUAGUCCAAUUUAUGUACUUCAAGAAAUGAACAUUUGAACAUUUGAAACCAUGAACUACAACUACUACUAUGUACAACAAACUAAUUGUUAACUAAUCGUCAUUAUUGAGUGUGUAUAAAAUAAGUUAAUUGGUUUUUAUUAUCGCAUCAUCAUUUUCAACCUUAUUAUAUUAUAUAUUAUGUAUGUACCUUGUCCUAGAUCAAGAGUUUGUUUGUUGGCCACAAUGUAAAAUUAAAAUGAAAUAAUGAAAAGAACCGAUAACAGAAAAUAUAACUAAGAAAAUCUAGAAUUAGAACAAAUUUUAGUAAAAAUUUCAGUAAUAAAAAAUAUAUAAAAAACAAAAAAUAAA